UUUAUCUGUUGAUAUUGUGUUCAGUUUUGUGACAUCGAGUGUUCAAUAAGUUGCUACAAAAUGGACAAUACGGAUAUACAACCAUCGAAGAUUUUCAUCAAUCCCGAUUUCAAGAAGGCUCAUAUCAAUCGGAACUUUCUAGCUAAAGCGAUCCAGCCACCUUUGCAGCCCGUUCCCACAGUUUUAAACAAUUCUUUUUUAGUUCACCAUGCUCCGAAUAUUCACUUUAAUCCGGUCUUUAUUGAAAAUUUUCAAAAACAGCAGCAAUUAGCGAACGAUCUAAUCUUCCGUGAAACGACCUUGACUGCUACAUCGUCAUCUCUUAAUCCUAUCAUUCAAAAAACCAGGCGAAAACUGGUGCGAGCUUCUUCCAAUGUGAUUGUACAACCUCGGGAACCGAUUUUAGCACCACUGGUAAAGAUUGGUAAAAACAAACUUGUCCGCUCUACCCCCGCAGCAGUACCGAACAUAGUUCCCCUGAAAACUCCGGAAACCAAUGUCAGAAAACGUUUUAAGCUGGUUAAUAAACAUAGUAGCGGUUCCAGUUCAGCAAGCGCUGGCAUCAAGCCAAAAAAUCUAGUUCGUUCACACUCACUGUUCAGCAGCCCUUCCUUUGAACCACAAAAUGUUAUCGUUACGGACCGAAGAUUGCUCAAAUUGGAAGUUGCUCUAUACUCACAGAAAACUGUCGAAUUUUGCUACAAUUUUCCUUACAUUCACAGGAGACGUGUUAAAUCACCAGCAAAUGCAUCCGCUGGAAGACCUGCGUCGUACACCUCGCCAAAUAAAAAACUGGCUAUGGUCAACAUCAACGGAUUGCUGUACCGUUCGUCAACCAACAAACUGCAAGUAUCGAACAAUGCCACACCGCAAAACAUUACCACCACCGCCACCAACAAAGAACGGUGCCUUAAAAUUCGUGGAACCACAUUUUUGCUGGAUCCAAGCGGGAACAAGUUGAGAAAAGUGCCAUCCAUAUCCGAUCAGGGCCCGUCGUCUGAAACGAAACUUGGCCGAAUCGACAUCGGGCGGCUUACCUAUAUGCCAAAGACCGACGGAACGUUCGUCAAAACGGACGUUCACCGUACCAGGAGUCAUUUAAGCGUGGCGAAGCAAAGGAGUAUUCAAGUUUUGACGAAUAAAUUGCGUAAAUGCAAUGUGCCUUGCGAGAUCUACCAACGACUGGGGAAAUGUACGGCUUUCGCUAACAGACGAUGUCCUAAAGUACAUGAUCCUAAACUUGUGACGAUUUGCUCGAAGUUUCUUAGGGGUGAAUGUUCUAGUCCGGAUUGUCUGCUUUCACAUAAUGUUUCGCUGGAAAAGAUGCCCGUCUGUCACUUUUUCCUGGAAGGCCGUUGCGACCGGAACGAGUGUCCCUAUUUGCACAAAAAAGUCAGCGGCAAAGAACGGGUUUGCGAAGACUUUCUUAAAGGAUUUUGCCCGUUAGCAGAGAAGUGCCAACGACGCCAUGUGUUCGCUUGUCCGCAAUACGACUUCUUGGGAGUGUGCAACAAAGCCAAGUGUCCCUAUCAACAUGGACGAAAAAGUAAGCAAGCGCCUGCCAUGCGGUCUCAAGACGCGGCUACCAACCGUUCGCCGAUUGAAUCGUCUGUGAUUCGCCAGGAAACUAGAAUUCGACGGUACUAUUUGGACAAUCCUGACGGAUCCAGAGCAGCAGACGGUGAACGGUUGAGUGCUGCUGGGCAGGCUCAACGAAAACGUGUUUUAGGUGAGGUGGAAAAAAUGAAGCAAGGCCAUCGGGGUGAGGGAUUUCCUGCGGGGCAUUUAGUGAGUAAAAAUGAAGAAGAGAUUGAAAUCAACAGUGAUAGUGAAAGUGAAGAUGAUGCCGCAACCAGUACGAUCGCAAGAAGGGUCAAGUUAGGACCUCUGCCAUCGUAUAUACCGCUGUGAAAUAAACAUAGUUUUUAUCUGCCAUAUCGCCAGUUUAAUAUAUGCUGGUUUGUGUGAUUGUUGUUAAUGCUCGGCUUCAAUUCUUCCGGUAUAAUAUUAAGUUAAAUUUAGGCAAAAUUUUACAUAGCUCUUAAAUAUUCAUCAAGUAAAAAGAUUUUAAAUUUAUUUAAAUUUGACUAAUAAAA